ACCAUCGCCAAGUGGCGCGAAGAGAAAGGUUUUCGCUCUACCCCCACAAGGCGGUACCCUUAGUCCACCCGACUUUCUUCGUGUGAUCUCACAGACCGUCGACACGAUGAAGGCAGCGCUGGUCCUCGCGGUCAUGUUAGCCACCCUGGCUCUGGUGUCGAGUGCCGACGAGUCGGAGGCCACAUCCACCGAUGCUCCAGCUGUGACCAGCACUGCGGAGCCAGCCACUGAGCCAGCUGCCGAUGACAAGGACAAGAAAGAAGGCAAGGAGAAAGUGGAGAGCCGUGGUGGCAUUUUCGGAGGCGGAUUUGGUGGUUACGGACCGGGCGUAGGAAUUGGAUAUAGCGGUCUUGGCUACGGUCUUGGCUACGGCCUUGGCUAUGGAGGCCUCGGCUACGAAAGCGGUCCGGGCUACAGUGGUCUUGGUUACGGUGGAGGUCUUGGUUACAGUGGCCUUGGUUAUGGAGGUCUUGGCUAUGGUGGCGGCCAUGGUGGUCUUGGAUACGGCCACCCCGGCUAUGGUGGUCUUGGAUACGGCAGCCUCGGCUAUGGGGGUCUCGGCUACGCCGGGCUUCGUUACGGUGGUCUUGGCUAUGGAGGACUUGGCUACGGAGGUCUGGGCUAUGGUGGCCUCGGCUACGGUGGAGCUGGCUACGGUGGUUAUGGAGGUGGAUACUACGGUGCCGGCCGCGGCUAUGGUCAGGGUGGCUACGGCUACGGUGGUGGCGAAGCCGCGAAACGCGUGUACGGCCACACUUCUACUUACGGCCAGACGUCCACUUACGGGCUUCAGGCCAGCCAAGGCAGCGCGUAUGGUGCGGGACAUCAGGCUGGCGGAGCUGGCUUCGAAAAGGCUGCACACGCCGGAGGAGCCGCCAGUGGACAGUAUGGUGGUGCCCAAGUCGGAGGCGUCGGAGUCGGAGGCGUCGUCGGUUGAGACUCUCCACAUUCACGAAUCUUGCCCCAUCCUGCUCCUACUGGGUCUGCGACGGACAGAGAGGAGCUGGAUUCUUCACCAACACUGCCUGUACACAGACUUCCAUCAUUAAAAAAAAGGAAACUUGCUUCGACAUGAAAUUCGGGCAUAUCAUGAAAGAUAACUCAUCACGAGAGGGUGGUACAGCAUCAGUGGUCGCACGAAGGGCCUUUUCUGACUGUGAAUACUCUUGUUUGAAUAAAUGUUCCUGUUUUCCCUAA